CAAGGGAGGCGGAGGAGGAAGCGCAAAGUUGUGAGAGUGUAAUUUACCUCCAGUUGAUGAAGAUGCAUUCUUCAAAACCCAGGCUUGUUGUUCCAUAUGGCCUCAAGACUUUACUCGAGGGAGUGAGCAGAGCCGUUCUCAAAACCAGUCCAAGCAAUAUCACUGAGUUUGCAGCUCUCUACUUCAGAGAGCUAAUUGCAUUUAGAGAAGAAAAUCCUAAUUUGGAUAUAACAGACCUGGUUAGAGAAUUUCAUUUCACUAGAGUAGAGGGCUGGACUGAUAGACUGCCAGAAAAGAGAGCUGACCUUGGAGACAUAAGUGUAGUGUCUCCACUUUCCGAGGAACCAAAACGAAAGGAAAAAUCCACAGACACAGAGGAGGACCAGUUGCACGAAGGCCCUGAACCUGAAUACAGCAGCAAAACUACACAAUACCCAUCAACUCACUGUGAACUUGCGGAAAAUGAACCAUCCCCUACGGGACCUGAAUCAUCCCCUAAGGGACCUGAACUUGCCUAUGUCCCAGCUGAUCCUGCACAGCUCGCUGCACAGAUGUUAGGUAACAUUGAUUCUGUUCAUUCUAUGAAGGAUGUGGCAACAAGUGUGCAAUCUUUACCUGAACUGUCUCUGAGCUCAGCGGACACAACAGCUGCACCAGUAGAAGGUGCUGCUGAAGACACUACACUUACCCCAGCUGCUGAGGGUUCUGCAGAGUCUGUAAGGUUGGAGUCAGCGGUUCAGAGUCAGGCCUCCAUUGUCCUAGGGUCCUCCAGCAGUCAGGCUGAACAAGCAACAAGUGAUGUAGAUCAAGCUUCCUCAACCCCCUUGCAGGAUGAACCACCACCACCUGCUCCUCCACCACCUCCUCCUAAAGAUCCAUUACAGGCUGUGCCUUCCCAAAGCGAAAUUGAGGUUACAUCAACCAUUCAGGCUAUGCCAUUACAUACUGACGAUGAGCCCGCUACUGAAGGAGAGGUUCCACCUUACGUAGAGCAGUUCCCACAGCAAAUAGUUAUUCCCUUUUUAGAACAAGUAGCUUGUCUAAUAGAAAUUCAGCAGCCGCUAAUGCCUUCGCUAAAUGCAGGUCAGUUUACAUGCACCAAGCUGUUAGAUCCAUCUGCAGAUGAUGCAGAAUGUGACCCUGCAAGAAUGGAAACGACAGCGCAAAUGGCAUCAGCUGAGCAAGGUUUUAUUAUGUCAGUUGCCAUACCCUUAGACGAGGUAAUGUCUGCAAAGAGGGGCUCAGCAGCUGGUGAUAAACAAGCAGGCAUAAAUCCCUUUGCAGGAAGCUAUGGUAUAGCAGGAGAGAUUACAUUUACUUCUGCCCCGGUCCGCAGAGCAGACUCGUGAGAAGGUUGAGGAGAUGUCGUCAUGUGAACACCCCAGGAUGGAAAUCUGCAUCUUAAAAUAAAUUAACUUAAUACAAGCACUCAAAACUAAUACAAUCCAUUAGAAUGCCUUUUUGUAUUCUGCCAAGGGUCUGGAAAUGCAAACAGAUUAUUGAAGAUAAGUAUAUAAUGAAGCAUCCAUGGGGGGGAACCACCAGCAGCACAGGCAAUAACCAAAAACAAAACCAAAUGCCUCUGCUCCUGAGGGGAAGUAGUGUCUGAGCCCUCUUAGAGACAUUUAGUUAAUAGACAAGUUGAUCAUGUAGUAUUGUGUAAACAUACAUCCAUAAAAAACCCUCAAUUUCACAUUAGUUCCACACAAUCCCUUUCCAGCAUAGGUCACUUCUUAUGCAACAGAUCUCGUUAAGCAAUGUCCUUAUACUUGGAAUGUCCCAAAACAAGAAAUUAUAAGUGAGGUGGUCAAUGAGAUUAAGGGUAAAAAAAUUUCACUAAAAACAGAUGGCAGAUGCUGUCCUGUACCACAGAAGAAGCCAGUGCUCUAGGAGUUUAAAACCCAUUCUAAUGGACCUUAGAGUUGCUAUGGAAAACACUGUAGUUUUGCUAUAGCUUUGGAGCCUCAAGUUUAUUUCAGUCUGUCAACGGUCACUGAGGUUGGGGGGUGGUAGCAUCUUCUCUAAACACUUGAAAUCCCCCAGAAAUGACAAUUUUAAUUAUCCAGUGGAAAUUGCUUAGUGUCUGUCUGCAUCUAUUCUCUUAAGAGCCCUAGUCUUUACUCCUUAUGAGUUCCCUGGUGAUUGCUCCUUCUCUUGACCUGUUUCCUACUUAGAAAAAGAAAAGCAGGUACCAUCUCCUCUGUCCCAGCUUGAAAAUAAAGGAAAUCACUAGGAGAUAGGCUUUUGAGUUGAUAUCUGCUUCUGGAGAAGAAACUUACCUGGGAGGCAUAUGCCACUCAAUGCUUCCUUCUCUAUUUCUAUCCAGUAAUCUCUUCAAACAAUUAUUUGGAACAGAAUCCUUUCCCUGGAACUUAAUGGGUUUCAAACCCCAGUAGGUCAGUGUUUGAGCCAGUGGACUGCACCCCAAGGGUGUGUCACAAGGCUGGUAGAGUGGGGGAUGAUUGUAAUAAAUCUUUAGUAUCUCCCAAGUGAGGCGCAAAAAAAAAAAAGUUUCUAGACUCAUUUCAGGAUAGUAAAACCCUUCAAAAGUUUGAGACAUCAACUUUAGUAGAACAGAUUACUUGCAGUGAUGCAUGAGACACCAGUGUGAUUCAGCCUCUGUAGUUAGAAAGCUUCUUCCUUGUUUGCUGAGUACAGUUCUUCCAGGGAAACCACUGUGUGACAUACUUUAUGAACACAGAACUGCAAGCUUUCAGACAACAUCAGCUAAAAGCCACACGCAGCAGGAUGACUUUAUAGGUGCAAAGGCAUCUGCCUGGAUCAGCUGAUGCAACCCCUAGUAUUAAAAAAAAAUGAAUCUGAGAAAUCAGAGCAUUGAAACAUUUGAAAGCCUUUAUUGAGUAGCAAUUAAUGUAAUUAACACUAGCUUCCAGACAGCAAUUAAAAUAGUAUACAAAGAGCAGCUGCAAGCUCUGUACCCCAGGUCUGUAUAAAUAUGUAUUUCCAUAAGAUUUAAUGCACCCCAAUUAAAGGGGUAAAGCUGGUGUGUACAGCAGUCUCCAUACAGGUGCCCUACUGACUCCAAACUACACUCUCUAGAAGGAAGUCUUGUGCAUUUGUACAGUGCAUACACAGGUGCAGUUUAAUUUCUCCAGUAGUUAUGUUCUACUGGGUCCUGAUUUUUAAAAAGUUUUUGCAAUUGUACAACGAUGGUGCCAAGCACCUAUAGUUUCUAGUGCAGUAAACAGAUUUUUUUUAAACCUCUUACUAGUAUUCAGUUCAGAUUAAACUUUUAAAUGGCUCUUAAUUCCUUAACAAAAUGAGGCUGGUAACAAAACAUGAAAGAACAAAUUCAAAACACUGCACUAAACAUGGAAUAAAUACUUUGAGUAAUGUUACCAGUGUAACCUACAGCAUGAAUAUUGGGGGGGGGGAUAAUAGUUCUGGAAUCACUGAC